GUGUUAUGUAAAUAACGAAACAAGGAAUACAAAAAAUGAUAGCAUCAGAAAUAGGUUCAACAAACAAUGAACCUGUACACAUUAAGAUUGGAAGUGAAAAGGCUCCACUAAUUCAUGGGAGAAGUGUUCUUCACAGAUUAAGUAAUUUCUUCAGAAUUGGUAGAGUUCUGCACACUGAAGGAGAUGGAUAUGUUGAAUUUGGUAGUUUGGGCACAGAUAGUGGUCGUACUUUGGGAACAUUUGCCGGUGUGUUUAGUCCAGUCACAUUAUCCAUGUUCAGUGCCUUAAUUUUUAUACGAAUGGGAUAUAUUGUGGGCAAUGCAGGAUUACUUGUAACUUUGACACAAUUUGUAAUUGCUUAUGGAAUUUUGGUGUUCACUGUAGCAUCUGUAUGUGCAAUUUCAACAAAUGGAGCAGUUGAGGGAGGAGGUGCUUAUUUCAUGAUUAGUCGUACUCUUGGACCAGAAUUUGGUGGUUCAAUCGGUACAUUAUUUUUUAUGGCCAACAUUGUAUCAAGUGCACUUUGUAUCUCUGGCUGCGCAGAAGGAUUGAUAGAAAAUUUUGGGCCAUCUGGUUAUUUGGCUGGCAAGAGUGCACUUAUUCCAGAUGGUAGAUGGUGGCGAUUCUUAUAUUGUUCCGUAUUAAACACUGCCAACUUAUUAGUAUGCCUAAUAGGAGCAACAAUGUUUGCAAAAACAAGUGUUGCUAUUUUGGCAGUUGUUUGUGUUUGUUUGUCUAGUGUUUUUAUAAGCUUUUUGGCACAAGGAUCUAUGGAGAUACCAAUUCCAGAUGCAAAUACACUGGUUCAGAAUGCAACUGCCCAUGUUAAUGGUAGUUAUACAGGGUUGUUAUCAUCUACCCUUGUGAGUAACCUGUAUUCAAAUUAUAGUCAGGAUUAUUCAAGUAGUGGAGUAAUGACUGAUUUUGCCAGUGUUUUUGGUGUAUUAUUCAGUGGGGUAACUGGUAUAAUGGCUGGAGCUAACAUGAGUGGGGAAUUGAAAAAUCCAGGGAGAAACAUUCCACGUGGAACUUUAUCGGCUGUAUUGUUUACAUUUAUAUGUUACAUUCUUUUAUCUAUUCUAACAGCUGCCAGUACAAGUCGGUUUUUAUUGCAAAAUGAUUUUAUGUACAUGAUGCCGAUUAAUAUUUGGCCACCAUUUGUAGCAGUUGGUAUAUUAACCGCAACAUUUAGUGCUGGAUUAAGUAAUUUAAUAGGAUCUAGUAGAGUACUGGAAGCAUUAGCAAAAGAUAAUGUCUUUGGAUCUGGAUUAAACUUUGUAACACAAGGAACUUGGAAAGGAAAUCCAAUUGCUGCAGUUUUUACAUCAUGGACAUUGGUUCAAAUAAUUUUACUUGUAGGUUCCUUGAACACUAUUGCUCAAAUUAAUUCGGUAUUGUUUUUAUUAAGUUAUUUAGCUACCAAUUUGGCUUGUCUUGGACUUGAGCUCGCGAGUGCUCCAAACUUUAGACCAACGUUCAAUUAUUUUACGUGGCACACAGCGACAAUUGGACUUUUCGGAACAUUAAUAAUGAUGUUCGUUAUAAAUAGCAUUUAUGCUUCCAGUAGCAUAAUACUAUGCUUGAUAUUAAUUAUUGUACUGCAUUUAUUUUCUCCGAGUAAAAAUGCGCCGUGGGGAAGUAUAUCACAGGCAUUGAUAUUCCAUCAAGUUAGGAAAUAUUUAUUAAUGCUCGAUUCGCGCAAAGACCAUGUGAAGUUUUGGCGACCACAAAUGCUUUUAAUGGUAGCUUCGCCACGAUCAGCAUGUCCACUUAUAGAUUUUGUAAAUGAUUUGAAGAAAGGUGGACUUUAUGUAAUUGGGCACGUAAAAGUUGGAGAAUUUUCGGGUCAAAAUAUUGACCCUACCAUAGAAGAAUAUCCACAUUGGUUGAGUUUAGUUGAUCACAUGAAAGUAAAAGCAUUCAUUGAAUUGACAGUCACAAAAACUGUACGUGAAGGAUUACAUCAUUUAAUAAGAAUAUCUGGAAUGGGAGCAAUGAAACCAAAUACAAUUGUUCUUGGUUUUUAUGACGAAGAAACGCAAGUAGAUUUUUUCACAAAUUCUCAAUAUGCAACAGACACAUUCAAGAAUGUUUCAACAUUUCCAAAUAGUACUGCAUUCCCACUUAGACAAUCAAAUACGGAUAAAAAUUUGGAUCCAGUACAAUACGUUGGAAUGUGUUCAGAUGUUUUAAAAAUGAAAAAAAAUUUAUGCGUGUGUAGAAACUUCCAUACAUUAAAUAAAUCGCAAAUAACAAAGAACUCUAACUUAAAAUAUAUUGAUGUAUGGCCUGUAAACUUUUUUCAACCAACAGAUCAAGAUCCAUUCGAUACAACAUCAUUAUUUAUGCUUCAACUUGCAUGCAUUAUCAACAUGGUAUCUGUAUGGAAAAAUUUACAUCUGAGGGUGUUUCAUUGUGAAGUUUCAGACAGUGAUUCAAGUUUAAGUAUAUCAGAUUCACAAAAUUCAAUUAGUGAAUAUCCAAGAAUUUCUAACGAACAUCGCAUUAGGAAAUUAUUGAACAUGUUGAGAAUAUCUGCAUCCAUUGAGAAAAUUCCUAAUUGGGGAACACAAGUACGAGGAUUAAAAGGUAGAUCUCUGAUUGAAUCAAGAUUGGAACCCCCAUAUGAAUCAAGUACAGAAAAUACCGAUAAGACUUUAAGCAAUGUAUCACGUUCUUACAUUUUGAGCGUUAAUCAAUUAAUUAGACAGCAUUCAUCUCAAACUGCAACAACAUUCAUUUACUUGCCUGCGCCACCAGCGUCAAAUACUUGGAAUGAAGAGGCUAUGUAUCGUCAGUAUCUACAGUUGUUAACGGAAUUGACAGCAGAUUUACCACCUACAGUAUUAGUGCAUGGGGUUAGUGCUGUCACAUCAACAACACUAUAA